GACCAAUCAGAUAUCGCGUAGCGGAUGAAACAGGAAGUAAAUUUAGGGCGCCACUUUUGAGUCUGUUGUUGACAAAGUCGUGUAUUUAUGUACACAAAGUACUCUGUGUAUCGCAGACAUGGCUGAGAAUACUUUCCCCGUGUACACUGUGGAUGCUAUAGUUAAUUUCUAUCGAACAGAAGUUUUGACCGGACAAGAGGCGAAGCAGUUAACCAAGAGUGAUCUAAUCCCUUCUCCAAAGCCUGAGGCAGUUCAGACAUUAUACAUGAGAGUGCUGCACUUUCUGUAUCGUUUUAGACCUGAAUGUCACUCCAUGCUGCCACUCCUGGAGAACAUCCAGUAUCCUCAGUAUCAUGAAGGAGCCAGCUCCAUUGUGAGCGUAUACAUUUGCAUGCGCCAGUUUCUGCCCAGCUGCCUGUUUUUUGAUUUCUCACUGAAUGACCUUCUAGCUCCUAAAAAACAAAAAACGCUGAUAAUUCUGAGUGCUAUCAUGAACUUCCUUCACUUCAGAAAUCAGAGGAUGAAGGUCGUCUUGGAGAAACAAGCCAAAUUCAAGGCAGACGUGGACAGGCUCCAGAGCUAUGUCCGUUUCAAUAAAGAAGCUGAGAAGAAGAUUGAGAUCCUGACGACCAUCCCCCCGGAGCAGCAGGCUGAGGCAGACGAACUCGCUUCUGCUCUUUCUGAACUACAGGCCACCACAGUUCAUGAGUACCAGGAAGUGAACAUGAAAAAUGAAAACAUUGCUGAGUGGAAAACCAAAAUCGCAGAGAAAACUCAGAAACUGACCCAAGUCAAGGUGGAAGUCACAAACUUGAAGGAGGACAUUAGCAAACUCAAGUCUCAGAUUGUCGAGUCUCCUGAGGAACUUAAGAGCCAAAUGGAGAAGAUGAGGGACAAUGUCAAGAACAUCAAAAUGUCCAUUGAACAAGCAGACGAGUGUGUGGUGGAGCUGCAGAGCAUGGUGCAGGCUGUGGGCUUCACUGAAGCUGAGACUCAGCAGACGUACGGGCUGCUGCUGGAGCUGGAGGACAGCAUAAACAACACCAAGCACAUGCAGGAGGAGAACCAAGAGCUGACGGCGCAGUAUGAGAAGAAGCUGAAGGAACUGAAGAGCCUGUGUCUGGAGGAGGGUCAGCUGAAGCGAGCGAUGGGCAUGAAGCAGGACAAGGAGUCAAAGCAGAACAUCCGCAAGCAGAAACAAAGGGAGAUGAAGGAGCAGCAUGUCCAGGAUAUGUUGGGGCAGUGCAACCAAAUCCACCAGAAGCGUGAAGAGGUGGCCGACAAAAUCCAGGAGCUCACCAAUGAGACCCAGCACCUGAAGGCCAAAAUCCAGAGUCUGAGAGAUGUGUGCAGCAAAGAGACGAUGAAAGCUCAGGCUCUUUUUGACACGCUCUCUACUUCGAUGGAUAAGCUGCACCGACAAAUCGAUAUGAAUAUUGUUGACCUGAACCAAGACCUCUCCAUAAUGUCUGCUAAUUUUUAAGUUGAUUUCACUAUAUCCUUGUGUGCGUCCUGUUAUAUUUACUAAUGCUCUCUGUAACUAGAACAUUUAUAUUGUUGUGUGUACUGUCCUGUAUAAAUUGCUUUUACUUCUAAUCAUUUAUGAAUUAUUUCUGUAAAUCUUCAAAACAUAAAACAAAUUGCAUUUC